UUUUUGCGCUCAUCUUCAAUCAUGCUUGCGCCGCACAUGGUGCACAUUCGCCACUCGUUCGCGUCGUCGACUUCAUCUUCGUCGUCCUCGUCGUCGUCCUCAUCAACGACGUACCGCGUGGACGCAACGCGCGUCGAGAUUGUCCGCGCGUCGAUCCGCUUGCCGUCGGACGCCAGCAAGGUCAAGCCCAGCAACGACAAUGUCAUCUUUGUCAUCAAGGUGCACACAGCGUCGGGCUACCACCUCGUCGAGCAGAGCUGGACGGCGUUCACACAGCUCAAGGAGGCACUGCUGCUCGCACUCGACCCUGGACAUGCGUGCAGCGGCGUGUGCCCGUGGCUCUGGGAAGACCUCUACCACAACUUUGAGCACCCGACGCAAAAGGUCAACCUCCGCACGUGGCUUCAAAUGCGUCUCCACCGACACACAAAGCGCACGGUCCAAGUGUAUCUCGAGCACUUUCAGGAGCUCCUCGACUCGAUGUUGCACUUGCUUCGCCAGCGCGACGUUCAGUGCCACCAGUUCCACGACGUCUGCGACGUCUUGACCCAGUUUCUCCAAGUGCCGUCGAUGCUCGACACGUGCGCGUCGAGCUCGCGCCUCCGCUUUUAGACGCUAGUUUUAGAUCUUAGUUUUUCUUAUUUAUUGUAAUGCCCCAAUGCGAGUCAUUUGCCCGCCACCA